GUUACUCUCAACAGACCAAAGGCUUUAAAUUCACUCAACUUGGAAAUGGUUAGAGAAAUGACACCAAAAUAUGAAGAAUUAUUAAAAUCAGAAACUAAAAUGAUUAUUUUAAAGGGUUCUGGUGAUAAAGCUUUCUGUGCUGGUGGUGAUAUUAAAGCAAUUUAUGAAUCAAAAGAUCCAAAAUUCUUUGCUGAAGAAUAUCAAUUGAAUUACUUGAUUGGUUCUCUCUAUGAAAAACAUAAGAAGGUUCAAGUAGCAUUGUUAAAUGGUAUUACUAUGGGAGGUGGUGUUGGAGUGAGUGUUCAACCAGAUACUUUGAGAAUUGCAACUGAAAAGACAAUGUUUGCCAUGCCAGAAACAGCUAUUGGUUUCUUUUGUGAUGUUGGUGGAAGUUAUUUCUUACCAAGAAUUCCAAUUAAGGGACUUGGUAUGUAUUUGGCAUUGACAGGUUCAAGAUUGAAGGGGGAACAAUGUGUUGUUGCUGGUGUUGCUACUCAUUUUGUUCCAAGUGAAAAAUUGGGUGAAUUGGAAGAAUUACUUGUAAAGAUUGCUCGUGAAAGUACUGGACCAAUUGAUAAGGAAUUCAUUGCCAAGGAAAUUGAAAAGCAUUUCCCACAACAUCAAUAUAUUCAUUCCAAGCAUGCUAAUUCAUUCAUGGAACAUGAAAAGGAAAUUUCAUUGUUUGAUCCAUCUCAAAGUCCUUCAGUUCAUGAUAUCGUUGAAGGAUUGAAGAAAUUGGAUACUGCUCAUGCCCAUCAUACUCUCAAGACUUUGGAACAAAUGUCACCAACUAGUUUGAGAGUUGUUCACAGACAAUUGAGAAUGGGAAGUGUUUUAGGAUAUAAGGAAUGUUUUGAUAUGGAAUAUGGAAUGGCUAAACAAAUGAUGAAUGGUAAUGAUUUCUUUGAAGGUGUUAGAGCUUUACUUGUUGAUAAGGAUAAGAAUCCAAAGUGGAAUCCUGCUACUCUUGAUCAAGUUAAACAAAAGGAUGUAGACAUGUAUUUUGAA